ACAGUGCUGUCAUGCAAUACUUUCAUACCAUCUGGAGUCUUCCUAGCAUCUCCCUUUCAGCUAUUUAAGUCUCACUAAUCUCUGCUCUCUGCACUUCACUCACAUAUACAACAUUAAAAGAUGAAGAGUCGUUACACAAAGACCGGUUCUGCUGUAAUUCUCUUGUUUUGUCUAUUCAUCAUCACCUCUGCCUCUUCAAGUUCCUUCAUACAGCAAGUCACUGAUGACUUCACCACAAACUUGCAAUUGGACGAUGGAGAUGGACCAGACCCAAUCCAGGGAGAAGCACAUUACUUUCACACACAUGUUCAAGAUGGAGAUGGACCAGAUCCAAUCCAGGGAGAAGCCCAUUACUUACAUAACCAUGACCAAGAGGUCUCAUCACGUGACUAUAAAGUCUCAGCUUCAAACGCAAUAGUGAAGGGUCUCAGAAGUCGUCCUCCAUCUUCUUACUCUCUAAAGAUGGAGUCGUUCAACACCCUACUUAAGUCGAAAUACUCAGAGAGAUAUGUAUCUCGUCCUUUCUCAGCCGCUGGCUAUAACUGGACACUUGUUGUGUACCCGAACGGGAACAAGAAUGAUAAAGGUUCAGGGUACCUCUCGCUUUACGCAGCCAUAGACAACUCCACUCUCGCUCCACAUGAAGAGGUUUACGUUGAUCUCAGGUUUUACGUCUUCAACAAGAAAGAGAAGAAGUACUUUACCAUCCAAGAUACAGAUGUUUGGAGAUAUAAUAAUUUCAAAACGAUGUGGGGGUUCUCUCAGGUUCUCCCUGGUUAUACAUUUAAAAGCCCCUAUAAUGGAUACCUCUAUGAUGGAGAUCACUGCGAGUUUGGUGUUGAUGUGACCACUCCCACUGUCUUUCAAACAUCAGAACUUUUCACUGUUGCUAACAAUUUCAAAACCCCGACAUUCACCUGGAGACUUCUGAAGUUCUCCACGUUGCUCGAAGAUACUUACUUGUCUGAUACUUUCUCCAUCGGAGGAAGACGUUGGAAUAUACAAGUGAAUCCAAGUGGUCGUGACAAGGGAAAGGGAAAAGCUUUGUCCAUGUAUCUUAUCGUUAAUCAUAACGAGGAACUCAGACCUUUUGAGAGGAUUUAUGUUCGUGCUAAGCUUCGAGUUCUUAACAAAUUCAAAUUCAGAAACGUUGAAAGGCAAAUUGAUAACUGGUUCAGUCGUUGGGAAACUGGACGUGCUUAUGGUUGGGGUUCUAGUGAAUUUGUCCCUCUCUCUAAUCUCAAAGAUUCAUCAAAGGGGUUUCUUGUGGAUGAUAAGUUGACUGUUCAAGUCGAAAUUGAAGCCGUUUCUACAACCAAGUACUUUCCUAGUUAGAGUUUCUCUAACCACGUACGGGCCUGCCACUACAUGUGCUUGCUUUGUUAUCGGCCACUUAAGUUAUAAUAAGACCGUGUAUGGGUUUCAAUAAACAAGUUGUACGUGUAUGUGUUUGAGUGUUUCAAUAAGUCAGUGAGUUUGUAUUCUCAUGCAUCUAUCAUCAAAACAUCAUUUUCUUCCUUUUAGCA